CACAAGUCCACAACGAGAGAGCAGAACACUAACGGGAGAAGAAGCAGCCUAGAGGAUUUGGACAAGAGAAAGAGGAAAGAUGAGGAAAUUCGAUCCAUGGCCGAUUUUCUUCAGAAGAGAAUUUAAUCGCAACUGGCCGUUCCUGGUCGGGUUCGCUAUCACCGGAGCCCUAAUCACGAAGUUUACCGCUAGUCUCACUGAGGAAGAUGCCAAGAACUCACCGUUCGUGCAGAGGCACAAGAGGUGAUUUUCUGGAGGGCGAUGUCAUCAACGGUGCACCUAAAGGGAGUGAGGCUUUCUUGCUUGCUUGCUUUUGUUUCUAUGAUCUUUAAUAAUAGAAGAGAAAUUGUCAGAUACUCCAAUUCCUAUCUUUAUGUUUUGACUUGAAUAAUGUUAAACAACCUUUGCUCAUCUGACGAUUUUCUUCUUUGUGCUUUUGAAUUUAUUAUCGUGGAUAUUAAAUUUUCAAUAGCUAUGCCUUUGGGAAGGUUAUAGCCUAUUAUCAUGGUUCAACCAUCUCUAUGAGGGCAUGGGCUUAUUGAUUCUAGGAGAGCAACACUAGGGUGUUUAUGCACACAUGGGCUUUAGUUUUCUUGCCACAGAGAGUCUGUAAGCAUGCGAAGCUAUUGUUCACCUUAAUUUGACAAUGUUCACUAGACAAGUAAAAGUUAGUUUACA